AUGGAUAUGGUUGUCAAGAUUAUGCAGGCGGGAGUUCCUACCCAUUUUGAUCUUGAAAAGUACUCUACACCACUGCUUAGGCAUUGGCGUGAGAAAGCCAAAAAGAGAACUGCAAACGAAGCGUUUCUAAAAGCCACGGACGCUUUUGACGAUCUCGAGUUAGCUCCGAGGACAAAACGUGUGGCGAGGCGACCACCGCCUGCGUUAACGAUAUAUGUACGGCGAGAGAAGGAAAAAGCAUACAAUGCAAUAAUGCUGGAAGAGGUAACCGUUGAAAGUUUGAAACUUGCCGUGUCGGAGAAGUACAAUACACCGACAGAUUCAAUCACGAGUUUUGCGCUUCGUGGCAAAGAAGGGUAAGUCAAGUAAACUGUAUUUUGUGCCUUUAGAUGUCAAAGAAAACUAUAUGUUGGGUUGAAAUGUGGAAAGCAGGAAGUCUUUCAAAAAGGAGCGGAUGGAUGAACUGUUGUUCUUUCUCACUGCACUUUCGUACCGCACAAGCAUGAGUAAUGUUUGUUGUCAAUGGUCACUUGUUCCGCUUGCUUCAGAAUCUUCAUAAUAUAGCUAGUCCAAUUUUGUAAUCGUUUAGAAGUUCAGCUUUGUCUGGACCAAAAGCAAAAUCUUAUGAAUUACAGCUGCAGCUUGACAUUUCCUUAAUAUGAUAGUACACUUGCAUCACGCGCGAUAUUAUAACUUUUCUGAUUAUUUUAUUUUCCUUGGUUUCGUUUCGGAAAUAGUUUUUGAUUAUUUUCUUUUUGAACACAAAAGUAGGAGGCUUCUGUAGGCUAUACGUGCAUUUUGCCAUGUUUAGGAAAUGAUAUUUUAUUUGGAGGAACUUGGUCACGUUGUGGUUUGUACGAUCUGCCACGUGCUCUCUUGAUUUACCAGUUCGUAACUGGUUUGAGCUAUACAACCAUAAUCAUACAAGCUAUCGCACUAGACUUACUUUUUCAUUGGCUUUUACAUUUUAUAGAUUUUUGCAGUGUUGUUUUGUCGUUAUUUUCAUUCGUACAACUUAUUAUUUUUGUUUUCGUGCAAGUCCCGUACGUAUUAAAAUAUUAUAUUCUCUUCUGAACUCUUUGAUAGCUUUUGUUGUGAAGCCAAAGUUCAUAUGCUAAUCACGUAGCCAUUGCCCAAUAUUCUCUACAUAUUUCUAAUAAUAAUUCUAUACAUUUAGUAUUGUAGCUUUUAAUAACUUUUGAACUGCAGAUGUGGAUCUCCAUGGUAAUUUAGUAAUGUACAUGCAGAAUUGAACAUAAAACAUGAUUUAUCAUGUGACACCAUCAAAUAGAAAUAAUCUAGAUUUCCUCUGCCUGAAUUUUAGAAAUUUCAACACAUUAUUUUUCAUUCUUGACUUCUCCGAGGUAUGGGGUAUCCUUAAAAUUCAGUCAAUGUCUUGUAACAUAACCAUCACAUCUUACCAACUUAAAAGCAUCUUUCUUUAUUAUUAACUAAAAAGAAUCAAGGGCAAAAAAAUCUUCCUAGUCACAUAAAAAUUAUACGUAAUCUCCAAAGAUAAGGCAAAGAUUCCCCUCAUCUGCUUAAGAAACUUGGCUUUGAGCUGACAGUAAACCACACAUAAAACAGUUGCAUGAUUUCAUGCAUGAUUAUUAAUCUCAUACUGACCACGACUAAUCCUAAAGCAAAAGGAAACUAGAACCAGUUCCAAUCAAGUUGUGUGGGCUUAAAACUGUGCCCGUUAUCAUUAAUUCUUUUUUUUUUAAUAAAUUCAAUAUUUCACAGUUAGUGCAAUAGGAUAUUUAGAUAUUAAUUCAUCUUUUGUGUUUACAGAAUUAAAAUUCUCUGAACUUUGCCCCUGCCAUAGGCUCAUAUUGUUUUGAAGAAAAAUAAUGCAGUUUGUCACAGCCAAUAAUGAUCUGCGCUUGAAGAAAAAUGACCACAAUGUCAUGAAUGUACAAAAGCAGCUUGUGAGCAAGUUGGAUGCUGUGAUAUAUUUGAAUGCACCAUUAACCAUGAAAGUAAAGCUUUUAGUUUUAACAGAUCAAACACAGAUAGUAUGUACUCUGCAUGAUUUGUUGACUUGAACAAGGGUGAGUGAAGCAUUUCCACCAACUAAGACUUAUGCAAAAAUAUUACAAACCAUGACCUUUAAUUGAUACUAAAUUUAUUGUUCUUUAGGUCUUUGGCUAAAAGGUUGGCUUUUUUAAGGAAUUUUAAAAAAAACAUUGCUAUAAGAACUUUUAGGCAAUUUUUUGUUCUUUUUUUCUUCUCAAACACAAGACCAAUAAAAGAGUCACAAGCUAGACUGACAAACUACAGUUAUGUCUUAUGAUUGCAGUGCUGCACAAAGGUUUUCAGAAGUGCUGUCUGUUCAAUACUACCACAAUAUUCCAAGAGCUCAACAAAUAUAUUUGAUUGUUUAUCUCAUAUGUUUAUUAACCAGUUUAAUGUAUUAGAGACUUGGUUGUGUAGACCUGUUGUAAGGACCACAAGAUUCAACCUGGUUGUAAACUCCUUAAUUUUCAACUUGAUUCUGUUAUUUGGUUGAGCCAUUUCCUUGCCAAUGAAAACAGUAUUAAGUAUGUAUCAUGGUCACUAGACUGAAGUUUGUUCACUUGUCUGUGCACAGCUUUCUUUUGAGUUUCACUUUCGUUGUCAAACAAGAUACCAUUGACAAUACUAAUCCUUGUUAUGUAGUUUUAAGUAAGGAAAUGCAAAAAUAGUUCUGUCUGGUUUGCUUCUACUGAUACUUCCUGCUCUUUACAUCGUACCAUUAGUGUUUUUUACUUCUUUCUUUCUGCAAGAGCAUCAUUGUGCUAUGUCAUUGUUGUGUUGUUGACUGCCGUGUUGGAAUGGUUGAAGUGUGUGUUCUGUUUCACCUUAAUUUUUAAGUGUGAUGGUAGCCUUAUUCAUGACAUAGGCUCAUAAAACUGUUGCUCUCUUUGAUUUGAAAACGUCAUAGUAUUUUUUGCAGGAUUUUUCCAAAGUGCUGCAAAUUGGUAGUAACGAGUCCCUACUGUAAAUGCUUGAGCCACUUUGUCUUGAUAGCAAAAGCUAAUAUUGUGAGAUAGAAAACCAGAAUGAUUCUGGUUUUCUAUCUCACAAUAUUAUUAUUGUUGAGUUGGGGAGGUGACUCGAUAAUUUCCAAUUAUUUCACUCGAUUGGUAACUUUGUGUCUAUGUCAUGAGUAAGAGCAGUAUGAGUGUGAGCUGGGGAGUUGCAAACGUUCUCUGUUUUUGUUUAUACUAAUGCAGACUGUAUGGAGUGGCUGCAGAAAUAGAAAGAUCACAGAAGCCCACAUUUUUACAUCAAAACUCCAUGGUGUUAAUUAUUAUGUUAUUAUACGUAUUUGAGGGCUGCUCUUUUUUUCUGUGCAUUCCAAGACUUUUAAGUCAAGUUUUAUGACAACUUAUAGACCAGGAAAUCUGAAAUAAUUGUGGAAAAAUAUUAUUACCCAGACCUCAAAUUCAGAUUGGAUUUUUGAUAUACUAAAUGUGGUCUUUUGUUGUUUUUCUUGCUAAGAGCUUGCUAUGGGUAAUUCAAUAGUGUGUAACUAUUUUUAAGAGUAGAGGUAAUUUAUUUUUAGGCCAUUGUAACAAUAAUGGGUAUAAUGGCAAGAUCAUAUGACCCUGUGACAGCCUACAGUACUUUUGUCACUGAGGAAAAGAGACUGUGAGAUAGAAUGUGAAAUCUGUAGACAUGUUUAAGGGUUCUGUGAAAUUUUGGAUGAUAAAUUACCUUUACGAUUAAUAUUUACAUUUUUUGUUUUUAUUUUAUCUUAGUUUAUAAUGUUGAUGUUGUUUUGAUUUGUAGCUAAUAUUCAGUGUUCGUGAUUAUCGCUGCCCAGUUUGGUACAGUACCCAUAUUGUUAGAUUUGGUUUGUGCAUUUUGAAAUGUUUUGUUAUAUAAUAUCUUUUUGGUUAUUUUGUCUUAAAAACCAAUUCAAAACAAUUCUUGUGAGACUGGACUGUUUGGUUAAGCUGUUUACUUGUUUCUUAGAAACAUGUGGAGUUCUGUAAUUUUUCAAGCAUUCUCUUGCAACAAAAUGGAAAGAAACUCUUGUUUUAUCGUUUUACCGUUGGCAUGCCUUCAUUAAAAAUAAGUUAAUAAAAGAAGGCUGAUAUUUAGGAGUGAAUGUUUCCAUCUAAAGAAAAGAUCUUGGUAGGCUAAGGGAAGCUUGUUUAGUGACACGGAAAGAAAAAAAUUGAAAUGCUUUGAGGUACUUAUUGAAAAUGACUCACAUAAGUAGGUGUUGUACGUUGGUUUAUUGUUUGAAUUUUGCAGCAGCUGAUGUGGGACCAUUGGUAGGGCCUCACAGAUGUCAAGAUGGACUUUAACACACCUACGCAGUUGCAGGGUAGCAUAACAAUUUUAGAAUUACAAAAUAAACCAACAUCUUGUUUCAACUGGAGAUAAUGAAAUCAUUUUUUUUGUUUGUUAAAAUAUGUAUUUAUUUGUUAUUUUGUCAUUAAGCAUGCUUGGGCAGGGUUAAUUUGAGUAAAUGCAACCAUGCCACAACCGCAUUCAUUGAGUUUCUUGUUAGAUCGCAUGUUUUGCAAUUGAAAUAUAAAUAAAUUUUUGUUUCGUUGGGGUGAGGUACAAACCUUGAGCCUUGCUCUGGCGGCUUGGUUGUCUAUUGCUCAAACAAAUACAGUGUGUUUCCCUUGCUUUUACCUUUGUGUUAGUGUGUAGCUGUUGUUUUUCUUAAAUUCUGUAUCAGAUGUUGUUGCAAUAACUGUGAAAUGUCAGUUUCUUGUUUUAUUUCAACAUUUCUGGACUUGAAAGAUGCCAGAAAAAUAAAUCAAUAAAUCAAUAACAAGAAAAGGAAAAAUGUUUCAAAGAAGUUGUGCUAAUGGCUUUGCCUCUAUUUCAUUUGUUAUUGCAAGGACAUGUUGUGGAGUUGUGUGAAAUGGUAGUGUUUGUGUGUGGCGCAUUGUUACGCUGGGGGCAUUCUGACAGUUUCAUUGCAUCUUCCCAAGUCCACAGUGGAACCUCGAUAUAACAAAAGGACCAAGGGACCUACAAAAUGUGCUUGAUAAAGUGAGGUUUUGUUAUAUCGAGGUUCUUUUUCUUACAUUCUGCUCUUUCUGGGGUGAACAAUUUUGCUGUAUCAACAACUUUGUUAUUAGAUAGAGUUUCACUAUACCGAGGUUCCACUGUCUGUAUGUUAUGCAUGUGCAGGGGUCUUGUGGCAAACAUAAAACUAAUAUUUUGGUUUGAUUAAUGAUAAUUUAUUAUUAACAAAAAAGUCUUGCUUCAUACUUUUCCGGCUAGUGUGCUGUUUUGUUACUUGUCCCUGCACUUAUAUACAGCAAAAUGUUGUGGUGCGUAUAUAUGGUUGUUUUCAUAAUGAAAUCAGGUAAAAUAAAUUUACUUCUAGGCUUUCAUUCUACAAGUUAAUUUGACGUUAUUCUGAUAUCAGCAUAUAUAUAUUUUUUCGCACUUUUUGAAAUCUUUUGAAGAUAAUGUAGAUUUUGGAUACUAAGUAUCAGUACUAUCUUCAGUCCAUGUAGAGGUUUUGAGUGCAGGUGGAACUGAAUGAACACAGUUGUUUGAUUUUAAAGCUUUUGUUAAAUACUCCAGAACUCUGAGAUGAGCAAACAUAGAAUUGAAAGUUAAUUCUGUAGAUAUGAAUUUUUGAACACCAUUGUGAUGCAGCCAUAUAUUCACCACUUCUGAAUUUGUAACUGAAUAAGUUCAUUAGGUCAUUAAUGUAUUCCUGACUUGUUUUGACAGUGGAAACCUACUUUUUUGGAUCACCAUCUUAAGCGCUGUUCUCUUUGUUUAUUGUCUUGCAGGACAUCUUCUGAAAUAGAUGACCAAGCUGUAAAGGGCUUUGAUGACGAGGAUACCUUCCUGAUAUUUUUGAACUAUGAUGCUGAGAAAGGAAUUUGCAGCGUAUUAUUAGAAGCAAGCUGA